AAGAUUCACUCCUAUCUUGAGAGGUUGAUUGUCCGUGAAUAGUGGCUACAAUAGAUUCAGUCAUCAUCGUGAAUAUAGCUGGUUUUUGUCGUUUGGUGUUGACUGAGAAUAAUCAACUCUUAUAAUAGGUCUUCAGCUGAGUUCUAACUAAAACACAUUCGCAUAUUUUCUUUUAUACAGAUCAGUUGGAAGAAAAUCGAUAUCCAAGAGGAGAUUUAUGGCUGAGACACUUUUGUCGUUUGGAGUUGAGAGGCUUUGGAACCUCCUUGUCCGAGAAUCUGAGCGAUUUCAGGGAUUCAAUGAGCAACUCAAUGUACUAAAAAAUGAUAUGAAAAUGUUAAGGUGUUUUCUGGAAGAUGCAUAUGCCAAGAAACAUACAAGUGCCAUGAUGGAAAACAUUAUCGAAGAUAUCAAAGAAAUUGUUUUGGAUGCGGAAGAUAUGGUCGAAACCUUUCUUCUAAAAGAAGAACUCAAAAAUACACGGGGUAUCAAGAACAGCGCAAGGAAGUUUUCUUGCAGUAUUUUUGAACACAGGGGACUUGCUUUCAGUAUGGAAGCCAUAAGUAAGAGGAUCUCUAAGGUGAUUCGUGAUAUGAUGUGUCAUGGGGUACAACAGGUAAACGUUGCCAAUGAAGGGUAUUACUUACUUCUCGUAAUGAAGGAGUGGCACUACAUGCAGAUAGACAAUGCGUUACAUUCAAACCAAAAUGCCCAACUUUUGAAGAAAGUUGGGAUCUUUUUCAAAGGAUAGCAUUUCCAAUGAAAGACACAUCUGGUAAGUUUUUAAGGAUGAUAUAUUUGGAACUUUUUUUGUUCAAGUAAAUCAAAGAAAAUUGACUAUAAUACAAUAUCCCCAAGACAUAUAUGAUCCUUCGGAAACAUUUUUAUAAUUUGAUGUGCAGAAUUCAAGAUUGAUGAAGAAAUGAAAGAGAUGGGAAAACAGAUGAUCAAACAUUGUGGAGGUCUACCCUUGGCUUUAAAAGUGUUAGGAGGUUUGUUAGCUGCACAAUACACAUUGUGUGAGUGGAAAAAGAUAUAUGAGAAUAUUGGAUCUUAUAUCGUCGGAGGGACUAGCUUUAAUGAAAGAAAUGUUGUUUACCAUGUUUUGUAUCUGAGCUUUGAAGAGCUGCCUGCUUAUUUGAAGCAUUGCUUCCUCUACUUAGCCCAUUUUCCAGAAGAUUAUAAAAUAGAUGUGGAGGAUUUGUCAUAUUAUUGGGCUGCAGAAGGAAUACAAAGGCCAAGGUAUUACGCUGGAGCGAGCAUUCGAGAGGUUGCAGAUGGAUACAUAGAAGAAUUAGUGAAAAGAAACAUGGUUAUUUCUAAAAGAGACGUUGAAACUUCAAGAUUUAAAACAUGUCAGUUGCAUGACAUGAUGAGAGAAGUUUGUUUACUCAAAGCUGAAGAAGAGAAUUUUGUAGAAAUUAUUCAAGGCACAUCAACUGCAAACUCCAAAUCUUCUUGUAAAUCUCGCAGACUUGUUGUACACAAGCCUGAUGAAACAUUUAAUGUGGAUACGGAGGUGAAGAAUCCAAGCCUUAGAACUCUCUUGUUUAUCAAGUGCAGAGGAUGGAGGGGAACAAGUUUAUUCUUUACAAGGCAUAAACUGAUGAGAGUGUUAGAUCUCUCCCGGGUGAAGUUUGAAGGAUGGAAAGUACCCUCUAGCAUCGGGAAGCUCAUCCACUUGAGAUAUUUGAGUUUAUUUUGUGCAAGUGUAAAUCGUCUACCUUCUUCUAUGCGGAAUAUGAAACAGCUGCUUUAUUUAAACCUAGAAGUACAUUCAAAUAGAGUUUACAUGCCCAAUAUCUUGAAAGAGAUGCGAGAAUUGGUAUACCUCCAUUUUCCGUUGGAAAUAAAGAAUAAGGUAAAGAUGGAAUUGGGUAAUCUGGUCAAGCUGGAGACAUUGGAGAAUUUCUCAACAGAGCAUGGGAGUGUGGAUGACCUCCGAGGUAUGACACGGCUCAAAACUCUUUCUAUCUAUAUCAGAGGUAAAAAAUGUAACAUGGAAACUCUAUCUUCAUCUCUAAGUAAACUUCCACACUUGGAGAAUCUUACUAUAGAUAAGAGGAUAUGGUAUGCUCUCCCGAAUGAUGGUAAAGAAGAAGGAUUUUUUUUGGAUUGCAUUCAUCUCAAAAAGCUGAAGCUGUAUAUCUAUAUGCCAAAGUUUCCUGAUGAGCAACAGUUUCCUUUUCACCUUACAACCAUUUCUCUAACUGAGUGUUGUUUGAAAGAGGAUCCAAUGCCAGUUCUAGAGAAGUUGCUUCACUUGAAAGAGGUUAGUUUACUGUAUCGAUCUUUCCGUGGGAGGAGAAUGGUGUGCUCAAGGGGUGGGUUUCCUCAGUUACAGAUGCUAAGAAUAAGGAAACUAGAGGAGCUGGAAGAUUGGAUAGUAGAAGAAGGCUCCAUGCCAUUUCUCUAUACUCUCGAGAUAGAUGCUUGCAAGAAACUAAAGGAGAUUCCUGAAGGGCUGCGAUUCAUCACUUCCUUGGAGGAUCUGAGUGUUACAUAUAUGGGAGAGCAAUGGGGGAAGAGACUGUUGGAAGAAGGAGAAGAUUAUCACAAAAUCCAACACAUCCCUUCUGUUGAAUUCUAUUAGUAAACUUUUUUUUUGGCAAAGGUGAAUCAGUAGUCAGCAGCUGAAGGAGGCUCUCAGCAAUUACGAACUAUCAGG